CCAUUCCAGAAUUCGAAGGGUGGGCGAGGCAGUCUCUGCCGCACAACGACGUUCACAAUGCACAUGAGAGCGCAGAGCACUGCUUGUGCGACAGCCAUUGCCGCACAACCUUGCCACAGAUUUAUGGUGUUAUACAGACCCCCUCUGUGUACAUUGAAUAAGGACGCGAUGAGGGUCACGAGCACGCUCACCAGCCACAAGCACUGGCAGCACCCACCAUAAGUCAGCGCCAAGCAGCCAUGCGGGGUCAAGACAAGGAAAUGACAGAGGUAAAAAAAGUCAGCAAUCCCGGAAAAAAAUAGAAGUAAGAACGCCACAAAGCCUAUCCCCAUUGCCGAUGCAUCUUUCAGCGAUUGUUCGUCCAGAUACAUACGAUUAUACAACGGGUCGAAGAAGUCGGCAUUCGAGAAAAGAGCUCCUGGCUUUCGUGAUGACGGUGAGGAAGGAACAGUUUGGUCCGAGGAAGAAGAAUAAGAAAGCGAAGGAGAUGGAGAGAACCCAAGAGGAGGAGGAGGAGAUCGAAGAGAGGGAGAAGAUGGAAGAGAGGGAGCAGAUGGAAAAGAGGGAGCAGAUGGAAAAGAGGGAGAAGAUGGAAGAGAGGGAGAAGAUGGAAAAGAGGGAGAAGAUGGAAAAGAGGGAGCAGAUGGAAGAGAGGGAGCAGAUGGAAGAGAGGGAGAAAAUGGAGAAGGAAGAACAGGAGCAGGAGGAGAAGGAGAGGUGGGUAGUAGCGAUGGGGUAGUGGAAGUUUGCUGCGGAACGAAGCCGUUUGCUCUCCAUGCGACGGCGGUAGAAUCAUUGAAAGGUUCUGCAGUUGUGGAUGUGGUGUCCGAACGAUUUCCCAUCGAAAAUGUGAAUGAUGCUGGUAAGGGUAGUGAUGGUAUAGAAAGGUCAGUGGAAGCCCCGCGGUAGUGAAGACGAGGGCAAGCGCGGGAACGCCAUCUGGAAAGGACAGAGCACCAGGUCUGUUGACAGGCCAUCGACGUGGCGUCGGGACUGGGACUAUCCAUCGCGACAGAGUCGCAUACCAGCGUCUGGAUCUCGAACGCUCUACGCGAAGGGGAGCGGGCGACGAUGACGCAGAUCAAGAAGGCCGCUCCGAUGUGUGACAGAACCGCGGCAGAUGCCACCCACACCUCCCGCUUCGUCGUGCGAAAUCGCCCGCUGUCGUACUUUGAUGCCGCCCAUGAUGACAUUUCUCCUCCUCCUUGGGCUUGACAAUUUUUGCCGUACUGAAAAAAUAUAUAUAUAUGAAAAACAAAACAAAAAUAUGAAUAUAAAAGAAGUACUAUACCACCCCCAGCGAAGCUCGCGCUAACCACUUACUACCUCCUUCGGCUUUUCCCUUUCCUUCCCGUGCAGCCGCGCAUACAAUCUCUGCAGUCAACUUGCGUUAACUGUCUUCAUUCGCUUUUCCAAAUUUGUAUUAUUACCGUUUCUCUCUCUCUCUCUCUCUCUCUCUCUCUCUCUCUCUGUGUGUGUGUGUGUGUGUGUGUGUGUGUGUGAGUGUGUUGUGUUGUGUGUGUGUGCCUGUGUGGUGAGAUUGGUUGGGUUACCUCUCUCGCCUGUUCUCUCUCCACGAGCAGACGAACGGUAUAGCACAUCUGUCCUAUCACGGCAACGCGCCGGUGGAAGACUGAACCUAUACUAGCUUCGGUACCCUUCGAAGCUAGCGGGUGGAAAACCGAACCUACUAGAAUCGGUACCCUUCGAAGCUAGCGGGUGGAAGACCGAACCUACCAGCUUCGACACCCCUUGAAGCUAAUAGUGGUAACGAAAGUUCUCUACUGCUACAUCCGCGGGCCACGAACUCAGAAUACAUGCCCAAUGUCGGUGCGGUCGAGGUUAGUUCGGCUGAGGGGUGCUUCGGUCGCCGCUACUGAGGCUGGGCGGCCUGCUGGUUCGGGACUGGCCGGUUGACUCGGUUGGUAAACAUUGUGAGCCGCUCGUGAAUCAGAUCUCUGCUUUCGAAUAACAAGUCUACCCACCGCGGCUACGCUCGCGGCGCAAGAAAGGGACACGGGCCAAGGAGAGGGAGCGGUACAGAGUAAUGAGGGGUGACAGAGAGGGAGGAACGAACACACUUCCACAGGAACCAACGAAAGAUGUUUGCAGGAUGCGAAAUGAACAGGAAGGAAUUGA